UACUUCAUUUUUCAAAGAUAUACAAAUAAUUUUUAAAUAACAAGUUUCUGAAAAGAGAAGCAAAAGUAUAAUUUCUCUCGAUACUUUACAAAUUUUAUUUUCAAGAUAAUCGAGCACAUCUCACCUUUCUGAACAUUGCACGAAAUAUCUCACAAAUUUCAUUUCGCGACGAUAAGCAAUAAAAUAAAUAAGCGUUCAAAUAAUCGCGCAUUGCAUAUUCCCACGACAGCUAUCAAUAACUGCUAACCCUAUACAUUCGCACUGCAACAAGUUGCAAAGACCGACUAGACAAAUCGAUCGACAUAUAUCGAGACAAAAAAAUUCUCGCAAGCGUCGUGAAACUAUAUCUAUACUCCAUUCAAAGAAAAUAUUCGAUUCAAUCGUGUUCGCGACUUCGUUGAGUGGUCACAAUGAUCGACAAGUUUGUAUCGUUUGAGCAGACCAAUCACAAUCUCAGCAACUACAGUAUACAAUUAAAUCGAUGGUUUUUGAAACCGAUAGGCGCAUGGCCUCCAUCUCCGUCCACUACAAGACUCGAGAAAAUUAUUUCUUUCGUUUUAAUUGUUUGCUGUUAUUCCUCCAUAUGUUUCACCGUGAUCCCUUGCCUACUGCACGUGAUCUUGGAAGAUGAAAGUUUCCGUGACAAACUGAAAGUGCUUGGCCCAUUGAGUCACUGGUUCAUAGGUGGCAUUAAUUACACCACGUUGUUACUGCGGAGCAAAGAGAUACGGUAUUGUAUAGAACACAUGCAAAAAGAUUGGAGGAUCGUGACAAGAACAGAGGAUCAACAAAUAAUGAUGAAACACGCAAAGAUAGGCCGUUACAUAGCUGUGGUUAGCGCCGCUUUCAUGCAAGGUGGUGUUUUAUCCAAUUGCGCAGUGACAGCAUUCUCCACGCAAACGAUUGAGAUCGGAAACGUGACUAAAACCAUACACAUGAUACCCUGUACAGCGUACAAAAAAUUGAUCGCGGUCGAUACAAGCCCAACAAAUGAGAUUGUUAUUGCAUCGCAAUUUGUGUCCGGAUUCAUCGUGAAUUCAAGUGCAGUCGGGGCUGUCAGUAUCGCAGCCGUAUUUGCAGCUCACGCCUGCGGCCAAUUAAGCCUUCUGAUGGUGUGGAUUCGUGAAUUUGUGGACCAUUCGAAAAAAAUUCACGAUAAAAGUAUCGGAUUGGACAAGAUAGGCAAAAUCGUUCGACACCAUCUCAGAAUUUUGAGUUUUGUAACAGGUAUCGAAAAUGUAAUGACUGGAAUGUUCAUGGAAUUGUUCAAAUGUACUAUAAACAUAUGCAUGCUUGGAUAUUAUAUUCUUACGGCAUGGAGCGUUCAUGAUAUUCAGAAUAUGGUCGUAUUUUUAGUAAUACUUCUCUCUAUGAUUUUCAAUAUUUUUAUAAUAUGUUAUAUCGGUGACAUAUUAACAGAACAGUGUAAAAUGAUUGGUGAAGCAGUUUAUAUGACAAACUGGUAUUACUUACCUGGGAAAGAUAUAUUGAAUUUAAUACAGAUCAUUUUAAGAUCCAGCAUGGUGAUUAAAAUCACUGCUGGUAAGCUAGUUCAUAUGUCCAUAUACACCUUUGGUAAUGUGAUGAAAACUUCUUUCGCUUAUUUGAAUCUGUUGCGUCAAAUGACGUAACGAAAUGCACUUGUAACUCUAAACAUAAACUUGUAAGAUUUAAGAGAUAAAGAUUAAUAUAUAUAU